AUGAUGAGCCAGUUAUGCUGUUGUUUGGGCAGAGAUUCUAUUUAUAAAAGAGGCAUGAAUAGGAUCAAGAGAGAAGCAUUGGAGACUAUUUCGGGAAUAAACUUUUUGAAUUCUAUAAGCUCACCCAGAGAUGACAUUGAGGAGUUUGACCGAGCAUUUAAGAAUAAUGACAUCCCAUCGCUCAUUAAAUUGUGCAAUUCUAACCAACCUAUUGGUAAGGUACAGAGUAAGCUCCACCCCUGGGCAAAAAACCCAGAUACUGUGGGAGCUCUUGCAACAAUAAAAAUCGCAAUGAUAGCGUCACACUGUGAAAAAAUUAACAGCAGUACUAAUGAUACUGAAAUUUCAGAAAGUGAUUUGGCCUUUGCACAAAAGUUUUUGGACGAUAUUAUUGAUUUUUCAGGCAUUUGCGUACUAGUGAGGAAUUUGGGUUCUGAAGAGGUUGACAAAAGUCAAUGUGCCUUGGUGGCACUUUCAUUCUUGUCAGUACAAAGUUUGGAAAUUUGCCAAGAGAUACAUGACUAUGGAGCCAUGUCUGAACUGGUGGAACUGAUGGAUUCUGACAAUCCUGGGGUUAGAUCAGCUGCAGUCAUAGUUGCUAGGAAUAUAUAUCAACUAAGUGUGGAUUAUAGAAGGGAAUUUAUCGAGUUAGAAGGGUUAGACAAGUUGAUACGUACACUAAAAGGACCUCCGAAUGAAUCUCCUCAAUUUACUAUCUUAGAAACGCUAUACUACAUACAGGAUUUAGUUGUUGAUGAGGAAGGAGUUAUUAUGGAAAUUGCAAAUUCAUUAACUCCCUAUGUCAAACAGCUGAUUUUCUCAUAUACAAACAACUCAAAUCCAGACAUUGCACUGGCCGCCACUGAACUCAAGAAUUGCAUUCUUUAG